CUGAUUGGCUGGAGGUCGCCAUAGUAACGAGUUUUUAAAAGAAGAAUUGCGCAAUCUCGUUCUCGGACUGAUUGCGCUCGUUAAUCCGAGCUAGUGUGCUAACAUGCUAGCGCGCGUCGUCUUGAAGACGGCGAAUGUUUGACGAAAGUGCGAACAAGAUGAGGACAAAGUUGUCAAUUUGUUGACGGCGGGCGAGCGAGCGAGCGGCGGCGGCUCCUCGCUUUUGCUGCUAGUCCGCCAGUCGACAAGUUAAGCGGCAGUCCGACCGGCCCGCCGGGAUCGAGACGGGCCCAUCCAUGACCCACACCCCGGUUCUGGCCGCCUUGUUCGGCGUGACGGGCGGGGCCGAACCGCUGGGAACCGCCGAGUUUAUCAAAGAGCGUCUGUAUUUUGCGACGUUGCGAAGCAAACCCAAAAGCACGAGCAACACUCACUACUUCUGCACCGACGACGAAUUUGUUUACGAGAAUUUCUACGCCGACUUUGGUCCCCUCAACUUGGCCAUGUUGUACCGGUACUGCUGCAAGCUGAACAAGAAGCUGAAGUCGUUCACGUUGAGCCGUAAACGAAUCGUCCACUACAGCAGCUUUGACCAGAGGAAACGCUCCAAUGCGGCCGUGCUCAUCGGAGGAUACGCGGUGAUCUACUUGAAGAAAACUCCUGAAGAGGCUUACAGAGCUUUGGGUUCGGGGUCCAACGCCGCUUACCUUCCCUUCAGGGAUGCGUCGUUUGGGAAGUGCACCUUCAACCUGAGCGUUCUGGACUGCCUGCAGGGCAUCAGGAAGGCUCUCCAACACGGGUUCUUCAAUUUUGAGUCUUUUGACGUGGACGAGUACGAACAUUACGAGCGCGUGGAGAACGGAGAUCUCAACUGGAUUGUUCCGGGAAAACUUCUGGCCUUUAGCGGACCGCAUCCCAAAAGCACAAUUGAGAAUGGCUACCCGCUUCACGCCCCCGAGCGCUACUUCCCGUACUUCCGCAGCGGCGGCGUGACUGCGGUCGUGCGUCUCAACAAGAAGAUCUACGAGGGCGCUCGCUUCGCGGACGCCGGCUUCCGCCACUGCGAUCUGUUUUUCCCGGACGGGAGCACGCCCAGCGACGCCAUCGUGCGGCGUUUCCUGGCGCUGUGCGACGCCACGAGCGGCGCUCUGGCCGUGCACUGCAAAGCCGGCCUGGGCCGGACGGGCACCCUGAUCGGCUGCUACCUGAUGAAGCGGUACCGGUUCACGGCGCCGGAAGCCAUCGCCUGGAUCCGGAUCUGCAGGCCCGGGUCGGUGAUUGGACCUCAGCAGAACUUCCUGGAAGAGAAGCAAACGUGGCUGUGGUCGCUCUGCGACCGAAAGCGCUCGCAGGGCUCGGCGGCCGAGGACGAGAUGCGCGUCCGCGACAUCGUGGUCGCCGUGGACCGCCUCAGCUUCAACCCGGCAGAAGCGACGCACGCCGGCGCCGCUCGGCCUCCGCCUGGCUCGGACCGCUCGCACGAGCCUCGCGCGCGCACGCGAGUCAACGUGUUGUCGACGCAGAGUGGCCAGCGAGCGGUCGCCUCCAACUCAGGGAGAUAAAUUGCGAGCCUUGAAAUGUCGCCGCCCCCUCCGGAACGCCUCCUCCGCGCCUGA